CCGCCCCAACUUUUUCUCUUGCAUGAUUUCCCUCGCACGGAUUUGCCACUCGGAUGUUGUUUCCUCGGGAGCUGAGCUCGGAGCCACGUUGAACCAGCCUUUUCCUCCAGUGCUAUGACAGGCAAACUACUGGAGAAGCUGCCGGGGACCAUGAACACUUUGAUGAACCAAUUGCCUGACAAUCUGUACCCAGAGGAGAUCCCCAACUCUUUGAAUAUCUUCUCCAGCAGCAGCGACUCGGUGGCUCACUACAACCAGAUGGCUGCAGAUAAUGUUAUGGACAUUGGCUUAGCGAACGAAAAGGCCGGUCAGGAACUGUCCUAUUCGGGGACUUUUCAACCCGCCCCGGGCAACAAGACUGUCACCUACCUGGGGAAAUUCGCUUUCGACUCGCCCUCCAACUGGUGCCAGGACAACAUCAUCAGCCUGAUGAGCGCGGGCAUCCUGGGGGUGCCGCCGUCCUCGGGCGCGCUCACCAGCACGCAGAGCUCGGCGGGCAGCAUGGGGCCGCCGCAGGGCGAGGUGGACCAGAUGUACCCCGCGCUGCCGCCCUACUCCUCCUGCAGUGACCUCUACCCGGAGCCCGUCUCCUUCCACGACCCCCAGAGCAACCCCGGCCUCACCUACUCCCCCCAGGAUUACCAGGCGGCCAAGCCCGCCUUGGACAGCAACCUCUUCCCCAUGAUCCCAGACUAUAACCUCUACCACCACCCCAACGACAUGGGCACCAUCACGGAGCACAAACCCUUCCAGAGCUUGGACCCCAUCCGCGUCAACCCGCCCCCCAUCACCCCGCUGGAGACCAUCAAGGCCUUCAAGGACAAGCAGAUCCACCCGGGUUUUGGGGGGCUGCCGCAGCCACCCCUCACCCUCAAGCCCAUCCGACCCCGCAAGUAUCCCAACCGGCCCAGCAAGACGCCGCUUCACGAGCGGCCCCACGCUUGCCCCGCUGAGGGUUGCGACCGCCGCUUCUCCCGCUCCGACGAGCUCACCCGCCACCUCCGCAUCCAUACGGGCCACAAGCCCUUCCAGUGCCGCAUCUGCAUGCGGAGCUUCAGCCGCAGCGACCACCUCACCACCCACAUCCGCACCCACACCGGCGAGAAACCUUUCGCCUGCGAGUUCUGCGGCCGCAAGUUCGCCCGCUCCGACGAGCGCAAGCGGCACGCCAAGAUCCACCUCAAGCAGAAGGAGAAGAAGGCCGAGAAGGGUUCGGCUGGGCAGCCCCCCACCGCGCCCCCCACUGCCGCCGCCGCCACCACCUCACCCCCUGUCGCCCUCGCCCCCGCCGUCACCACGUGCGCUUGAGGGACCGCGGGGAGCGGCGCGGUGGCACCCCCUCUCCUCCCCAGCCCUCUGCACCGCUCUGGGGGGGGCCCUGGGGUGGCCUCGCCCCCCAGGUUCAGGAUGUCGGGGGCUGCGCUGCACGGGUCCAUUCUGCCCGCACCUGGAUUGACCGGGUCCAGGCUGCCCGCACCCGGAUCCUGCCUGCACUUGGAUCGACAGGACCCCGCACUGCCUGGAUCCAGGCUGCCUGCACCCGCACUGCCCGGACCUGCACUGCCCGGGUCCCGGCUGCCCGCACUCGGAUUGCCUGGACCUGCACUGCCCGCAUCUGGGCUGCCUGCACCCGGAUUGCCCUGUACCCGCACUGCCCGGAUCCCGGCUGCCUGUACCGGCACUGCCUGGACCUGCACUGCCCGGGUCCGGGCUGCCCGCACCCUCCUUGCCCGGACCUGGCUCACCCGGAUCCCUGCUGCCCGCACCCC